AUGUAUUUUGAGACAUUCGAUGAUAUAACUGGAAUUUGUCUUCGUCAGAUUUCAGCUGUUGUGAAGAGAACCAACACGGUCUUCGAAAUGGAAAAUCCAAGGCAACAGCAACUCAUAGCUUCUACGCAACUCAGCAGGAGAUUUGACUGCAUCAGUCAUAAAGUGCUGCUGCAGAAAAUAUCAAAGUGGCCCGAGCCGUGGGCGACUUGGUUAUCAAGAGAAAGCCUCACAUCCGACAGUACAUCUAGAUUCUGCGGUGUAGAAGGAAAAUCGACAAUAAUAGCCAGUGAAGGAGGCACUCGUACGACAAAAAAAUUGCUGACGGGGAAUACGGACACCUACUCCAUAGUAGAGCAGAAGUUGGAGCCUCCAAUCAUCGCCUCCAAGAUCCGGUUCAUACCAUACAGCGACCACGUGAGGACAGUUUGUAUGCGUGUAGAAAUACUAGGAUGCAGAUGGACAGGUCAGUAUUAUGGCUAUGCUAGUGAUUUUCCUACUUUGCUCACCUUAAAAUAUAAACCAAGUUUUUUUAUAAUACCCCUGCAGAUCAUACCUGACUUCAAGCAGGCGAGUGGAACCACAUACGAGUACAACAAGCCAUCCCUAUCCCUGCCCGGUAGUUUGCAGUCUUGGGACAUAUUGACUGGACUGAUGGGCAGAGCUCAUCAGGAAAAUGAAAGAGUGUUGCCAUCACAGACUACUAGAAUAUGCAAUUUUUCUUGUUCGAAGCACAGGCUCAGGCAAUUGGCUGGAAGCAGCGGCAUAUAG